AUGUCUAAUCUUCCUUAUGCCGCAGAUGCGGAAAGCCCGCUAAAACCCGCCGAGCUCCAAGUGCUGCGCGCGCAGUACGAGAAGGAAGGCGACUAUGUUGGCAUCCAAACCAAGUUCAACUUCGCCUGGGGUUUGAUCAAGUCGAACGUGCGGUCUGACCAGCAAGAAGGUGUCCGCCUCCUGUCAGAGAUCUUCCGCGGAGCACCGGAACGACGACGAGAAUGCCUGUACUAUUUGGCCCUGGGCAACUACAAGCUGGGCAACUACGGAGAGGCCCGACGAUACAACGAUCUCCUGCUCGAGAAGGAGCCGGCCAACCUGCAGGCGGCCAGCCUGGGUUCGCUUAUCGAUGACAAGGUGGCGAAGGAAGGCCUCAUGGGCAUCGCGAUCGUGGGAGGCUUGGCAGUAGCCGCGGGAGUUGUUGGUAGUCUGAUUCUCAAGGGAGCCAGAAGACGGUGA